AUGGGCGACUCACAACUCUUGGAGCAGUGGUUCAGCAACCCACAAGAUUCUAACUUUCCAGAAAAUCUGAAAAUGGCCGCCAAAACUAGGAAGUGCCGGGUGACUGCCUUGGGCUGCUCCUUCGCCAAAUACCUCAUUGUCCCUGUCAAAAUUGAGCUCGACGCUCAAAGCCCGCGAAUUGUGCUUAGAAUCAAAAAGGAGAAUGUCUACGCUGAGAUUGUAUUCACAUUGGAGCACACACAUAUACAUCAUGGAAUCGAAAAAACCGACAAUGAUGGCUACGACUACAUCCGCUCCAUGCGUGACGAACAUCCUACCUGGUUCGAAGAAAUGAAUGGCGAUGUUUCCUUUAUUGGCCUCGUACAUGAUGGACAAUUCGUGGUAGCAGGACAACCAUGGUUGCUGAACUCCGACCUCCGACGGGAUUUCCAAUUGCUCGAGGAAAUGUCGUCUAAGUCUAGUGCGCUUUUCCUCUGGCAACCUUGGAAAGAAGCAUACAAGGAAGUCGAAAGCGUACAUAAGUGGCUGGACCUCCUCCAAAGAAAGCUCACCGAUUCCCAGACCAACAAACGCAAAUCAUUCUGGGCAUACAAGAAAGAGACAUCCGACGCUGUCGAAGAGAAGCCGGAGGAUGAAAAAUAUUCCAGUUUACCAUGGCUGUGGACAAAGAACGAUCCUAAGCGCUACACCAAGUUGAUGCCUUUAGCUCCUUACUUCGUUGACGAUGACGAGAGAAAGUCACGCAUGAUCAACGCCAUGACUGCCGAGCGCCGUGUUAUCUACAGAGCAAUUGCCGACAUUUACGAUGGUAGAUCAGUUCAUAAAGUGGUGGUAAAAUAUGCUGGAAACGACUGCAACAUUCAUAUCAAGGUCAUCCAAAACACAGAUACGCCACUGGCCAUUCCAGAGCCCAUGGAAAACACCCAAAUCAAAUUUGCCAUUGUGGAAUCUGGCAGCAACCAAAACUACACACCUGUCCCACUUCCAGACGUAAACGGCGUUGUUAUCGAUAUCUUCCCACCUUCAGAUCUUGCAAUUUUCGUGAAAGACUUUAGGGGUCGUGUCACGGAGGGCGAGCAUGGGAUUGUAAUCAAGAUUAAGCCCAACAUGCAAUCUGUGGACUCACAAAUAAAAGCCCUCAAGGAAGCUGGAAAUUGCUUCGGCCACAUCGACAAACAAAACAUCUCGCUGAAGAGAACAAUACUAGCUCUAGGCUCUGAGCUCAACCCCUCGUCGUCAGAUUAUAUGGAGCUUGAUAUUUGGCAAAUGUCCAUUCUUUCCGAGCAGGAAAAGGCGGAAAAGUUGGAAUAUAUCCGCCACCACUUUCCCUUAUACGAAAGCCAGAAGCGUGCAUUCAAUCAAACUACACGCCAACUAAUUGGUGGUCUACAUAUCAUACAAGGCCCGCCUGGCACUGGAAAGACGCACACCGCUGUCGCAAUCAUCCUCGCAGUUACAUCACUUGGCCUCCGUGUACUUCUGGCUGCAGGAUCGAAUAAAGGGGUUGACAACUUGACAAUUGCCGUGACCAAGGCUUUAGAGAAGCACGAGAAGCUUAAAACUUGGUGUGGCCAGCUUGCUUGUGUGCGAACAUUAGCUCAUCAGAUGGCAAUUCUGCGACAAAACUCGCCCAGCCGCUCUCACUUAAGUCAUGCCGGUCCGCCAAAGCUUAGGGGAGCUGACAUCGACUUGGAACCUUAUCAAAUGCAUAAAUUGGCAUUGAAAUUCGUCGAAAAUAACAAGGAUACGAACCCCCAUUGCGGAAGGUUCCUUAACUACUUCAACAAAGACCUUCAGUGUGGUCUAUCCAUGUAUGAGUCAAAGGGCCUAGAAAAUAGCUACGCCACCAUAGUUAUGGAAACGCUCCGGGAAAGCAGGAUAAUUGCCACGACUCUGAAUGAUUGCGGCCAUGAAAUCUUCCGUACUGCGGGCGCCUGUGAACCAGACUUCCUCAUUUGUGACGAGUCUAGCCAGUGCUUAAAGGGUGAUCAUAUGGUUGCUAUGACUUUUCCGUCGCUGAGAGCUACAUUACUUUUAGGUGACCCAUACCAACUUUCACCGACCGUUAUUUCAGAGCUGCCAACGAAUGAAGGGGCUUUGUACAUCAAGAGGUCAUUGAUGGGACGGAUAUUCCAAGCUGGUUACCCUUCAACCAUGCUCUAUUGCAAUUACCGGAGUCAUCCUGACAUAAUGGAAUUCUAUAAUAAAAACGUUUAUGCAGGAAAGCUGGUAACACACUUGUCCACGAAAGGGACCAACCGCGUCGGCGAUGUCUGGGAUGGCUUCACAGUGGCAAGUGCACUUUUCUCAGCAUCAAGACUUCACGGAAAACGCCGUAUUUUCGUGAAUGUUCCAGGAUUUGCUGAGAGGAUUGACAAUAGCAAGUCAUGGAACAACGAGAAACAACCCAGCGCUGCCCUUCAGUUAGCCCAGCAGGUCUAUGGAUAUGCGUCUCCCCAAGGUCAACGAAUCGAGCCCAAUGACCUCAUGUUCCUAAGUCCAUAUAAAGACCAGGUCAAGCUUGUACAGAAAAUGGCAGCCAAUAGAGGCAUAAGUAUUCUACAUGCUGACGAGGCCAUCUGCAAACUGGAGAACUGUGGGGAUCCUCUCAGAUCGGGAGAGGAUGAACGUUGCUCUGAGUCGAGCAAAACAGGUUCUUGUCAUUUCGGCAACGUAGACGCCUGGGAUGAGAAUGCGAGGCAAUGGCUGGAGAGAAGUUCCAAAGAAAAGGCGAAGCUUCUUUUGCGUCUUCUCAAAGAUGCUAUCAGCAAGCGACAUGUUCUGACCUGGAGGGGCCCGACAUUGGUGAGCGAGAUGCCACCUCGCAAUCUCUCAAUCUCAAAGCCAACAAUGAUGGCCCAAUGGCCCAAGUCGAGCUCCCAAGACCGGCCGGUUUUCAAUCUUCCCCCUGUACCCGUGGCCUCUCCCUCCGACGUACAACGGCAUCCCAAUGAGGAGACAAAAUCAACCGAGGUUGAAGGUCAGAACCAAAGUCAGGAGAAACGCGGCGAGAAACGGAAGCUUGCAGCAUCUAACUUGGACGAAGACACCAGGGCGUUCAAGGUAGCUGCAACCGAGGACAGGCAGUCUAGAAAUUCCACCUUAGAGAAUAUCUAUCUAGACCAAGUUAUGAAUUGCAGAAAGUGGAUAAGCGAAACCGAGGACGAAAUUAGCCAGCUCCCUAGAGGAGGAGGCCCGGAAAUUGAGAAGGAACGGGAGGACCUAGAGAAGUUUCUGGUGCAGCUUCAUGAUGACAAAACAUCCUACUUCGAACGAAAGGAACGACGGUAUCUUUGA